AUGGAGAUGGUGGUGGCGGCGCCGGCGCUCCCCGCCGAGGUGGAGAGGGCUCUCAUCCGGGACAUAACCGUCGCGGCUGAUGCCCACGCCAAGGAGGGCGACACCUUCUUCCUCAUCACCACCAGGUGGUGGCAAAGUUGGAUUGAUUACCUCAUUCAAGAUUUGACUGGUGCAACAAGUAAUGGUUAUCAUCAUCAUGAGUUUGGUUCAAAAACUUCUAGAAGGCCAGGAGCUAUUGACAAUACCGAUUUAAUUGAUGAUGCGUCAUUUGAAGUCUCCAAUACGGAGAUUGAGAUACAUGAUAACUUGGUUGAGGGUCGGGAUUACAUACUGCUUCCUCAGCAAGUUUGGGAAAAGUUGCAUGGUUGGUAUGGUGGAGGACCAACAUUACCAAGAAAGGCAAUCAAUACUGGCUUUUCUCAAACUGAUUUGGCCAUAGAAGUUUAUCCUCUACGACUGCAGUUAAUUCUAAUGUCAAGAGGAGAGCGAACCUUUAUAAGGAUAAGCAAGAAGGAUACAGUUGGCCAACUCCAUAAAAGUGCUUGUAAGGUUUUUAACUUGGUACCAGAUGAGGUAUGCAUUUGGGACUAUUAUGGUCGAACAAAGCAUUCAUUGAUGGAUAGCCUGGAAAAAACCCUUGAUGAUUCCAACAUUCAGAUGGAUCAAGACAUUCUAGUUGAGGUUACCACUGAUGCCAAUGGUAGUCUGGAUGGUUUGGUUAAAAGAAACAAUUGUUUUGAGAGAGAAUCGACUUCUCUGAUUACUGAUGCUCCGAAAUCAGGAUUGCCAAAUGAGAAUUUUGCAGCCAACAGCUAUACUUCUAGAAGCUAUAACUCUAGUCUGACACCAAGCCUCUACCUGCGAUCAACCAAUGGUGAUCUGGAUAAUGUGCCUGGUUCUAGUGGCAUGAGCACGAGGGGAUCACCCUUAGGUCUUACAGGGCUACUUAAUCUUGGAAAUACAUGCUAUAUGAACAGUGCCAUACAGUGUCUAGUGCACACGCCACAGUUUACUAGAUAUUUUUGUGAAGAUUAUCAUCGUGAAAUAAAUCGGCAAAAUCCGCUGGGUAAUGUGGGUGAACUUGCACUAGCUUUUGGUGAGCUACUGAGAAAACUCUGGGCUCCUGGAGGACGUGCCCCAGUUUCGCCUAGACCAUUCAAAACUAAGCUUUCUCGGUUUGCAUCUCAGUUCAGUGGAUACAACCAGCAUGAUUCACAGGAGCUGUUGGCAUUCCUCUUGGAUGGACUCCAUGAAGAUUUGAAUCGUGUGAAGCAUAGACCUUACAUAAACUCGGGAGAUGCUGAUGGAAGAUCAGAUGAAGAAGUUGCAGAUGAAUAUUGGGCAAAUCAUAUUGCUAGAAACAAUUCAAUCAUUGUUGAUGUAUGCCAGGGGCAGUACAAGUCCACUUUGGUUUGCCCAGUCUGUGGGAAGGUUUCAGUGACUUUCGACCCAUUCAUGUAUCUUUCCUUACCCUUACAAUUUGCCUCAACCCGGAGCGUGACUGCCGUGGUAUUUUCUUGUGAUGGUAGUGUUCCACCAACACCAUUCACUGUAAAUGUACCGAAGCAAGGUAGGUGCAGAGAUCUAUUACAAGCCCUUGGCACUGCAUGCUCACUUAAAAAUGGGGAGAAACUUCUAAUUGCUGAGAUACGGAAUCAUAAGAUCUACCGUUUUAUUGAUGAUCCAGUGCUUCAACUGUCUACAAUAAGUGAUGAUGAUCAUCUGGCAGUUUAUAAGCUCCCAAAGUUGGAAAAGAGGGUGAAUUACAUUCAAUUUGUGCAUCGUCAUGAAGACUUGGACCAUGGAAACAAUAACACCUUGACAUCUUGGAAACCCUAUGGUGUUCCUCUUCUUGCACAAAUAUCUCGCAAUGAAAUUGUCACGGGUUUGGAUAUCCAUGAGUUGGUCCAUAAAAUGCUUGUGCCCAUGCUAAGGAAUCAGGACUCUCUGCAUUUGGCUGUUCAAAGUUCUGUUUCCACAAGAACUCAUAGUUAUCAUACCGACUGCAUCCAAUUUCAGCUUCAGUUGAUUGAUGAUAGCAACACAGUCAUUGAAAAAUCAAAUGAUGCUAUCAGGGUCCCACAAUCUUCACUCGCAACUGUAUUUUUUAUCCAUUGGCCCAAGGAAGAUCUGAAAAAGAUUGACACUCAUCAUUUAGAGUACCUCCCAGAGGUGUUUAUGUAUGCUCCUCCUGCUAAGAGAACCCGUGGUGAAGCUCUCUCACUCUAUGCAUGCUUGGAUGCUUUCUUGAGAGAAGAACCUCUUGUACCCGAAGACAUGUGGUACUGUCCAAGGUGCAAAGAGCAAAGGCAAGCUAGCAAAAAGUUGGAUUUGUGGAGACUUCCAGAAGUGCUAGUCAUACAUCUAAAGAGAUUUUCAUUUAGUAGGUCAACAAAACAAAAACUAGAAACUUUUGUUAAUUUUCCAAUACAUGACUUGGAUUUGACAAACUAUAUUGCCAACAAGAAGAGUUCAGAGCGCCAGAUCUAUGAGUUGUAUGCUGUGAGCAAUCAUUACGGCAACAUGGCAAGUGGACAUUAUACUGCACACAUUAAGCUUGUGGAUGAAAAUCGGUGGUACAACUUCGACGAUAGCCAUGUUGCUUCCAUUGAUGAAGACGAGGUGAAGACUGCUGCAGCUUAUGUGCUAUUCUAUAGAAGAGUCAGAGAACAAGAUAGAGCAAGGGGAACUAGUAAUGGAUCUCAGUUAUAUGCAAAGAGAAGCCAUGGAUAUAGCCAUAGGUAG